AGUGCAGCGGCGGGCUUUCACCGCGGCGGUCGUGCUUGUAGCGGGGCGACAGUUUCGUCCGAGAGUCCCGAGUUCGCGCGCGCGCAGCAUAGGGCCAUGCCGCAGCGCCUGUGACACUCCCCCCUCCCCCCUCACGUGUCACGUGCCCCUCCACGCAGUGCGUGUGUUUGCGUGAGUCGUGCGUCCGCAGGCGACAUGGAGACCGAGGAGAUAACCAAGCUGGUGGACGGCAUCUACAAGAACAUCCUGGACAAGUUCAACCCCGGCGCCAGACAGCUCAUCAAUGCCGGCAAGGCUUACCUCAAGGCGCUGCACGGGGCUGCCGCGGCGUCGCGCCUGUACGUGGAGUCCAUCAACAAGCUGGCGAAGCAGGCGCAGCAAGGCACCUGGGGCGGCUCCUCUGACGUCGGCUCGGCGCUGAUGCAGAUCGUGGAGGUGUACAAGGAGAUCCAGGCCCAGCAGAUGAACAUCCUGAAGGCGUUCUACGUCGACCUUCUUGUGCCCUUGGAGACGAACCUGGAGAAGGAUACGAAGGUGGUACAGAGCGAGCAGAAGCGGUUCCUGCAGCAGCACAAGCAGCGCUCGGAGACGUACAGCAAGGCCGCCGCCAACAUGAAGAAGCAGCGCAAGAAGAACAAGGGCGCCACCAAGACGGGCCUGGCCAUGGACAAGGAGCUCAAGAAUAUGCAAGUGCUGGAAGAGGAGAAAUCCAAGUUGGAUGCGUUCUGCGAGCAAAGUUUGAAAACUGCGAUGACGCAGGAGCGGCGGCGCUACGGCUUCGUGCUGGAGCGGCAGUGCUCGCUCGCCAAACACUACCUGGCCUACCACAACCAGGGCAGCGCGCUGCUACAGCGUCGUCUGGACGAGUGGAACGACGUGGCGCAGACCAGAGAGUACCUGCCCGAGAACGUGGAGGCCAUCUUCAACAGCCGUCUCAGGCAAGUGAGCUUCUGGCCGGACGAGGACGUGUACUCCUCGCCGAGGAGCCCCAACGUGGAGGACGACCGGCUGUCCAUCGCCUCGCAGCUGCGGAAGACCAAGUCGAUGGACGCGUCCUGCCUGGACAUGCGGUCCAUCAACGACGCCACGAGCCCCUUGAAGCCCUUGUCGCGCGCCAAGUCCGAGUUCAACAUCAGCGCCUCCACGCACUCCCUGGCACAAGACCCUGACACGCCGACGCGGCCCAAGUCCAUGGCCGUGCCCGAGCGGGGUGGCUGGGAGAGCCCGCUCGCGAGGGCGCUGUACGCCUACCUGUCCAGCGGCGACAACCAGCUCAGCUUCCUCGAGGGAGACAUCAUCGCCCUCCUGGGUGAGAGGAACAAAGGUUGGCAAUUUGGAGAAAACCUGAGGACCCAAUGCAGUGGAUGGUUCCCCCUCGCUUACACAGAAAUCAUCAUGGACGAUGGUAUAAGCUCGCCGACGCACCACCGGGUGCAGAGCAUGGACUCGACGGGCUCCACCACGCCCGCCACGCCGACGGGCCACGCCGGGGUUACGUCUCCGACGGGCGGCGGCGGCAACUGGGCGUCUCCCGUCGACCGCGGCCACUCGGGUAAACCUGGAAACCUCCCUGCCGCCACCGCUUCGGCCGCCAGCGCCUCCUCCGCCGCAGUUACCAUGUUCGGCGACACCCUGGUCCACAGAAGCACCUAUGCAAAGCAGGCGAUGGCGUUGCAGGCUCGCCACGGGAUGAGAACGUGUGCUAGCGCCGGGCCGCCCCCGGCCCUGCCGGCGCCCGUGCCCACGCCCAAGGUGCCCGCGGGGCUGCCGUCCCACCCGCAGACCCUGCCGGCGGCGCGCAGCUCGUCGGACCGCCGCCUCGCGCACCCGCCACCCAUGCCACCGCUGCCCAACCUGCUGGGCGGCGCCAAGCGCGCGCCGGGCGCCAUCGGCAACGCCAGCCUGCACAGCAGCAACGACAGCGGCUUCAGCAACGACCCUCCGCCCGCCCCCGAGGUCGACUACUCGGACGACGACACUUCCAGAAAGCAGCCCGCCGGCUCGCCGCAGCCCGCGGCGGGGUCCCCCGACCAGGACAAGCACAAGAAGCAGCUGCUGUCCUCGGUGCGCGGCUGGCUGCUGUACAAGUCCGCCGUGGACCUGUGGGACGACGUGAACAGCCAGUACCACGGCAGGCCGGGCGGGCGGCCCGUCGUGAGGCAGGCGUCAAGCCUGGGGCACCUGGUUACUUCGAGUCGCGCCGGGAAGGACAAGGCAGCCCCUCCCCAAGGCCCGGCGCCGGCCAGACCGGGGGUCGCCGCCGACGAAGUGGAAGACGACGUCGGCAGCGUGCGCGGCGUCAAGAGGAGCCGGUCCCUGUGGCGCUUCAAGCGCUCGCACAAGGACAGCAUCGUGAUGGAGGGCAUGUCCCUCUGGAGACACCGCUCCCUGGUCGACGUGAACUCCGCCGUCAGGGACGAGCCGAAGAAGAAGUCGAGGCCGGCGACGCCGGUGAUGAAGGUGCAGCUGUCUGCCGCGAAGAUCGAGCCGCAGCUGGUCAGCAGCGUGGACGACUCUGAGGGCGAGGGUCGACCCCAGUCGCCGAUGUCGCCGGCGGCUGACGGGCAGGACGACGCUCCUGAGGGCAGGACCGCUCGGGAGGACACCCCGCGGCGGUUCAAGCGCACCAGGAAGGACAUCCUGAAGGAGUGCGCCCGCAGCCUGGACGUAAACGAUGACGGUCUCGUCAGCGGCGACGACGACAACGCAGACGACUUCGGCGACUCGUCCGACGAGGACACAACCUUGGCGGACAACGAGACGGACUCGUGCAUCGUGGUGGACGACCACACGCACUCGACCCUGCAGCGGCAGCAGCAGCAGCAGCAGCUGCAGAUGCAGAACGGCAGCCUGCUGCCCAGGACCAAGCUGAGGCACUCCCCCUCCAAGGAGAGGGGCGGGAAGGACGAGGAUGAGGACGGACUCCUGCAGUACGGCGAGUCCUUGAGGAGCAGGAUGAAGAAGCCGGACCGCGGGUCGCGCUUCGAGCGCAGGUCCCAGGACACCGGCAACAUGUACGGGCCGUGGUACGACCUGUGGCCGUCGGACGAGUCCUUCAAGGGUCGACGCCGCAAGACGUAACCUGCCAGCGCCGCUAGAGACUCGUUCGACCAACACCGGUGGAGGCUUUUUCACUCUCACACUUACACACACAUGUGCACGUAAUAUAAAUCUUUGUGUUUAUAACUUAACAAGAUAAAUAACCCGAUUGUGAAUGUACAAGUUUGAUAUCAUGUGGUUUAGUUGAUGUAUUAAAAAUAAAUUUAGAUGUUUUCAGGGUGUAUAAAAGGUACUUUGACUUACAAAAUAACUUUUCUUAAAUUUUCUCUCACAAAAGAUUCAAAAUAUAUAUUUGGUGAAAAAAAAAUUAAUUUAUAGUCCAAAUUUUUAAACCUUUUUACUUAAAAUAAAUUAUGCUCUCACAAUUUGUAUGUCGAUUUAUUUACCUAAUUUUAUUUUUUUUGACGUGAUAACUUCUUAUAAAUCGAUCAACGCCGGCUGCACGCACGAAAAAGCAAGACUCAUUGUCACGUUCCGCCUGAGCCGAGCGUGCAAGAACCGGCCAACCACCGUGCGAGAAAAUCUUCUAUAAUAUCAAACAGGUUAAGGCGAGCUUUUUAAAAGCAGCAAUUAAAAAAAAUUUGAUUUAUUUGUCCAACUUCGUCACUUCAAAUUAAGAAUUUAUCGAUAUUGAUUUGAUUUCAGUUUAUUUCUAUAACUAAUUGUUCGUGAUUAUAUUAAAACAAACCAUUUCAAUAAAAUUUGCAAAAACUGUAAAUAAUAUUUGAAAAUUAAAAAUUAUGCAAUUUUUUAUCAAUGUUUUUUUUAUGACGUUAUCACGUAAAAUUAUCGUCCGUAAACCGACUUUACAAAUGAUAUCUACUUUUAGUAGAUUUAGUUUUCCAAAAUAUAUAUAUAUAUAUAUAUAUAUAUAUAUUUGAAUCUUCUGGUAAACCGACCUACGGAAACGUACUUCCUGUAAAUAUAUUAAAAUGUUUCAGAAUGGUAUAUUAGUUGCCUUGGAGAUCCACCUGUCAUGACAGGCUUCAGAGGCCGGGUUCCAAAAACCACCCCUGCCGUGUACUAACCAACGUGUUCCUCCUCGUUGCAGGGCCAACGUGUUCGCGACGGUGAAGCUUCGCAAAACAAAGACGAACGACCGCUCGGCGCCGUUCAUCUCGUAAUGGUGCCGGGGGGUCCCUGGUGCUUGGUCCCGCCUGUGUUUCCCCUCCGAGAGGUGGUGGGCUGACCCCUUAACAAGACUGUCCUCUGUGGUGAAGGCCUCUGUCUCGAGCUGCCGUGUGUACAGGGUGGCACUGCAUGUGCUCUGGGUGCAGGGCCGGAUUUAGGGGAGGGCGACCGGGGCGAAACCCCCGGGGCCUCCUUAAACGGAGGGCCCCCACAAACCAAAUUAGAGACUUCGGAAAAAAAAAAAAUCUUUCAAAUUCCGACGAGUAAACACCAGUAAACAUCUUUUCCUUUGAUAUUCUUUUUUCGCUGUUUUACCUUUACCUGCAGUACUUUGUACAUGCGUGAUUAUAUUAUUGUUAAAUAUUAACAGAAAUGUUAUUCAUUAACAAUAAAAUUUAAUUUCAUAUAAUUCUUGUCUCUGAUUAUAUUUAUGUGUGUUUUUUUAAAUACUAAGAGAAUCUACUUGAUUUCAUAAUAAAUUAUUUAUUGGAAAACUUGACUGAAAAAAAAGUGCUCAUUUUAUUUGUAAAAUAAUUUGGGGCCAGGGGGCCUCCGCUCCUCUGUUGCCCCGAGGCCUCCAGACCUCUGAAUCCGGCCCUGCUCUGGCCGAUGGCUAGGAGUGGGAGAGGUACGGCUCCAAUUCUUUUGUGUGGUUCAACCAUCCGUAGUCUAACACCAAACCAUUGAAUUAUACAGCGUAAUUAAUUUUUUUUUUUGUAAAUAGAUCAGAAAUAUUAAUCUAAACUUACAGAUAUUUGUACAUUUACAUGAUAACAAUUGUGUGACCACAAAAAUUGUAUUUGCAGUUAUGCUGGUUUCUGAUUCUUACCCGGGAAUUUUAUGCUUUGUGUUAUCCGAGUACCUCCAAUUUUUAAAGUUCCCUUAAUAGAUUUCAUGUAUUAACUGCACACAUUAAUAAGCAUUCUUGUAAAACAAAAUGUAGUCAAAUAAUUCGAUUUAUUUUUCCCUGAUUAAAUCAAAUUAUGCUCGAAUGAAACUUCAGUUUAAAUAUGAAAUCAUGUGCCCGUUUUUUUCAAAAGAAAUACUCAGUGUAAUCUCGAAAAAAAAAAGUAUUCCGAAUGUGCAAAAAAUAACCAAAGGCAUGUGUUGUAAAAAUUUACACCAUAUUUCUUGUAGUGUUAGAAAAAUAUCUCUUGGCAACUGGUUUUUCAAAGUAAUCUUUUGUAAAAGUACAGAAAAUAAUUUUCUGCGAAGUCUAACGAACAUCAUCUAAUACUCGCAUAAUAAUUUUCAGCCUGAUAACACUUGACUAUUUCUCGAGUUAGUAAAAUAUUUAAUUUAUUUUUGCUGUGAAAUAUUAUGCAAAACUGUGGUGACUUUUCGUGACGAUUCUUAAUUGUAUUGUUUCGAUGUGUCCCACUCUGAAUUCUCUCCUAUAGUAAUGAUUUAAAAAACAUACUAUGCGAAUUCUUGCUCAAAUCUCUGUUAUGAGUUGUUUAGUUUUUUUUUUUUAAGGAUUGCGAGGUUGAUGCCUCAAUCAUGUAUCGUGCCGCCCAGUACGCAUGUUGUUCAAUUAUAAUAGCAUGUAUAUUAUGCAUAGUAUAGGUUUAAGUAAUCACCAAAUCGGUGUAGUUACAUGUACGUAGACUAACAUGUUCACAGAGUGUAAAGCUGUAACAUAGUAGAUUUGACAUAGUUUGAAGUUUGUGUCUUGCGACGAUGCUCGCACCUGACUUGCUCCUGAUGGCACUGCGUCACCGAAGAUAAGCUGUGCAGACGUCCAUUGCAGCACUUCCUACACUAGCAGAUAAACAGUAUAUUUUAUAGAGUCUUGUUGUUCGGAAAGUGUUUGCAGCUACCGAGAUGUGUUGGCUGACCGCCCAAUGCCAUAGCUUGGCGUGUAUGUGAAGUUCCGCAAAGAGUUUUAUUUUAUAAUUUCUUUUUUUGGAAGUGGAUUUUGUGAAGAAAAAUAGCGAUAUGUAUGAGAAUGUAACUCAAUAAUUUUAUACACAUUUAAAAUCGUAACAUUAGUUAAUUUGCAAGAAAAUAUAGUAUAUAUUUGUGGAGACAAAUAACUUUCUGACAAAGUCCAACUAUGCCAUACUUAUCGUAAUCAAUAAACCUAAUUUUCAAGUCAUGCCAGUGUUCAUGUUGGCGAAUAUGUGUAAAUAAUUAGAUACAUUUGCCCCAGAUAUGACAGAUUCCUCCUUCAUUUUCUUAAAGUGAUAUGUUUUAUUAUAUGAAGAACAUCAUCAAACAAAACUAAUAGCUUCGUGCCGUUUUAACCAUUGCUCCAAAAACUUUAGAUUGUUAUCAAAUAAUGCAAAAACAAAGUAAAUAUAUUCUUCAUUACAUAAAAGAAUAUAAAAAUUUUAAAUGUAAAGCAACUCUUGUCAAUUUUUCUACUGCAAUAAAACUCUCCAUGUAUGUGCCAAAUUUUUUUAUCAUGUGAAUAGUUGGCACAUAAGUUCGUAUUCUUGUUCUUGAAAUAACUUUAUUUUAGAUUAUAACAUAAAUUUUGGUUUUAGGGAUCUUUGGUAAGUAUUUGAAGGAGUUUAAAAUUAAUGAUAGAAAAUUUUUUUUUGUUAAACUAUAACUCACAAGUGUGCUGAUUCUUAUUGCAUGUUGACUGUAUAAUUUUAGUAUUUAGAAAUAACAAUUUGGCUUAUUCCAGUUGAAAUGAGCAAUGGCAAGAGCAUAUUUGUUAAACUCCACGUGCUUUGAAUCCUUUGCACUGCGCACUAUUUCAAAUAGAAACCUGGCAAAUACAUUAUGCAAUUUUAUGAACAUACAUGUAUUUUUUAAAGACAAAGUAUCAUACAUUUGGUCUUUUUAGUGUUUUUAAUAUAGCUUUAAAAAACUAGCUUGGUUUUCUGUUGCCAUUGUUUACAAUAAAUAAAUAAAAUGUUGCCCAUUCUUGUAAACUGUGUCCACUAGGAUAAAUUUUCUCUAUAACAAAAUAUUUGCUGUCGAUUUUUAUGUCUAAAAGUAUUUCGUAAUCUCUGUAUCUACUCUUUAACUAGCCUCCUCAAAGUAUUAUUGUAGCUGACUAUCUUGUAAAUAUAGGUUUUGUACAAUAUUAGCCUCACAUUUUGUAUGCAAUACACUUAAAAUUAAGUUCAGAGACAAGUUUGUUAUAGAGAUUUAUAUUUAUAUUGAUUUUGUUAAGUAUGUUACAGUAAUGUUUAAAUUGUUUGUAUGCCAGAAAUAAAUUGUUAAAUGUUCUAAAUAACUAAUAUUCACUUUAUUGUUAUAUUUUAUGUUGCUAUAUAAGUAGGUAUUAAAUUUUAGUCACAUCACCAAUAAGAAAAAAAAUUUGGUUGGAAAAUAUUAACCGAGAAAACUUUUUUGAAAAAUGUAUAUUUUAUAAUUACCUAAAAUUUACAAUCUUAGAGUAAAUGUACAGUUUUUUUUAAAUAAAUAACAAUAAAGCAUUUAUUAUUUUACUCGGAUAUGGUGCAUCAGCUACGCAGAGAAUUGUGUGCUAAAUUAAUGUUUAUAACUUUUUUUCUUUUUAAACCAUUGAGUUUGAUUGUUAAAAAAUUAAAAAAAAAUCUUAAACAAUCAAUACUUGUGCCAAAUCUGUAAAUCACUGCAAACGUAAAAAUAAUAUUUUUUGUUGCCAUAUAUAUUCAUAAGAUAGUAAAAACACCCUUCUAUUAUUUAAAUAAAUUUACAAACGAACGCUGAAGAAUUUUCUAACAUUUAUAAAUUUUAAAAAAUCAAGGUUUUUUUGAAUGAGGGUAGAAAUAUAAGUUGGACGUCGAACAAAAAUUUACGUUAGUAUAACCGUUCGUUAUUUCAUAACAUAAUUUGUUACAAAGGGCACAAAAACACACAACGAAAGGAAAAUAUGCUAUUUUCAAAAAAAUGUUUUGUACCUUCUAUUCUUAUGUCUAAUUACUUCAAGUCACGGUUUCAGGAACACAUGACUAAAGCUUCACAAAUAUCUAUUGUCCAUAAGAAAGUCAUUGGCAAGUGUUAAAACUCAUGAUAUCAAGCUUCUAUGAAUUAAAAUUUUCAAUGAAUUUGAAAUUAUAUAUAUAAGUACUAAGUAUAGGUAUGAAAAAUUAUUUGGGCUCUUCUUUUACAUAUUUUAAUAAUUUUAACAACCUUAUUUUAAAACUUCUGUCUAAAAUUAGCUAUGCAUAAUUUUUUUCAGAUAAUUUGUUUUAGACCUUUGUAAAUUAUUUUAAUUGUGUUUUUUUUUUUUGUGUUUUGUUUUACCGACUAGCCUUCAAGUUUUAUCUGUAUGUUCCUGUUACUAUAACUAAUAGAGGACCUCUAAACUUACAACAAGUAUAACUCCUUAAUUUUGCUUGAGAAUAGAAAAGAAUUUCUAGAAAACCUAAGGAAAAUAUUACCUAAAUUUGUUCAGAAAUGUGACGCACGUCUCAAAAACAAGUUGAACAAAUGAAUUUUUCAGUUUACACCGAUAACCCAUAGAUUAACGUCUAUUGUUUCAGAGUAACCAGAUGGUAUAAUUGAAUGUGGAGCUUUUGAAAAAAAAAACUUUUUAAGCCAUACUUUAUUACAAUUUGAAUGUAUUUUUACACAUACACACUGCAUGAUGAAACACCAAGAACUUUUGACUUCUUUUCAAUUUUAAAUUUGAAACAUUCACUGACAUAUGCUAAAUUUCUAACAUUUGAGGUAAAAUAAAAUAUAUUUUGGCUUUGUUUACCAGAACACUUAUAUUUUUACUUUUACAAAAAUGUAAUUUUUUCCAUGGUCCGAUCCAUCUGUUUAUCGAUUAUGAGAAAUAAAAUAUACUGUUAAUAUUGUAACAAAUUGGUUGGAUGUAUUAAACCCAGAAUCCUUUAAAAACCAGCUAAACAUGUACUGUCAUUAUUUUAACAUAAUAAAGCUUAAAAUGUAAGUUCAAUAACGUAAUUAUUAAUUGUAUUAAUAGGAAAACAUUCUUUUUUAA